AUGGCUCCGCUGUCGCAUAGCCUGUUCCUGGGCCUUGCGUUGGCUUGGGGUCACAUUGCACUCGGCUCCCCGAUCCAGGACAGCCUACAGCAAGUACUCAGCAGACCAGACACGAAUGCGCAGCAACGAAAGCUGCAUGGAAAAUUCCUGCACAUAACUGACUUCCAUCCCGACCCGUUUUAUGAAGUUCAUUCUUCUACAGAAGAGGGCAUCGCCUGCCACCGAAAAGACGGUCCAGCAGGCACUUACGGCGCUGAGACGACUGACUGCGACUCGCCCUUUUCUCUCGUCAACGCUACCUUUGACUGGCUUCGAGAUAAUGUCAAGGAUGAAAUCGAUUUCAUCAUCUGGACCGGCGAUACCGCCCGCCACGACAGCGACGAGAAGCAUCCCCGAAACACCAACGAAGUCUUAGCCACGAACCGGAAGGUUGCUGACAAGUUUGUCGAAACAUUUUCGGACCCCGAUGGCCAGCUCCUCAUUCCCAUCGUGCCCACCUUCGGCAACAACGAUUUCCUCCCACACAAUAUCUUCUAUCCUGGCCCAAACAAGUGGCUGCGCGCGUACAGUGACAUAUGGGGCCGCUUCAUUCCCGAGGAGCAACAUCACUCCUUCGAGUUUGGCGGAUGGUUCUGGGUAGAGGCUAUUCCCAACCAUCUUGCAAUCUUCAGUCUCAAUACCAUGUACUUCUUCGACCGCAAUGCUGGCGUUGAUGGAUGUGCCGAGCCCUCCGAACCCGGGUUCGAGCAUAUGGAGUGGCUUCGUGUGCAAUUGCAGCUGUUGCGAGAGAGAGGUAUGAAGGCCAUGCUGGUUGGGCACGUUCCGCCGGCCCGCACCGAGACCAAGAAGAAUUGGGACGAAACCUGCUGGCAAAAGUACACUCUGUGGCUACAGCAGUACCGGGACGUCGUCACUGGGUCUCUUUAUGGCCAUAUGAACAUCGACCACUUUCUCCUCCAGGACACAGAUGAGCUUGAUCUCAUUCUCAACGAAGAGCAGGCUGAUAUCAGAGGCUCGCUGUAUGAUGACGUCACCAAUCAAUCCAAGGAGGACUAUCUUCAGGAGCUUAGAGCAGGGUGGGCUGACUUGCCUGGAUCUGCUAUCAAACUGCUAGCCGCUGAAACCACAGAAGACGCCGUUGCGGACUCCGACAUUGAUUCAUCGGGGAAGAAGAAGAAGAAACGCGACAAGGAGCUUGAGAAAAUUGGUGGGAAAUACGCAGAACGCUAUCAGCUAAGCCUGGUGAGCCCUAGCAUUGUCCCCAAUUACUUCCCAACACUCCGGGUCUUCGAGUAUAAUGUUACGGGAAUCGAAGAUCAGGCUUUGUGGGUAGACAGCUUCAAGCCAGCGUCUCCUGGAACAGAUUCACAACACGGGGAUGUGGAAAACACAGAUGACGAUUUCCAGGAACUCCGGAGGAGAGACAUAGACUCCGAGGGCAAGAAGAAGAAGAAGAAACACAAGAAGAAGCCCUACAAGCCCAAGGAUCCUAACUUCGUGGUCCCCGCGGACCCCCCUAAAGGUUCUACUCCUGGACCUGCAUACUUCCCACAGCUUCUUACGCUUACUGGGUAUACGCAAUAUUUCGCAAACCUCACGUUCAUUAACAAUGAUAUGAAUCAUAAAUCCGCGCGCUCUGGUCUUGCGACUGAGAAGUGGCGCGAUGGAGACUUUUCAGACAAAGAGCCGACUCACAAGGUGCCGCAACCGAAAGAUUUCGCAUUCGAGGUGGAAUACAGUACCUUUGAUGAUAAGGUGUAUAAGCUCAAAGACUUGACCGUCAUGAGCUACCUGAGACUGGCGUACCGAUUGGCCAAGAAUCCAAAGGGCAAGAGCAACGCUGUUGCAGGCUCGGAAGAUGGCUUGGCAGAGAAUCUGGAUUUCGAAGGAGAAGAGGACGACGAUGUAGAAUCGCAAAAGAGAGGGAAGCAUAAAGACAAGGACAACGCUAAAGGGAAGAAAAAGAAGAAGCACAACAAAGCCUGGAUAGAAUUCCUCCACCGCGCCUUUGUGGGCACGGUUAAAAAGAAGGAUCUGAAGAAAGUUUAA